UAUAAAGAAUGCAUGAAAAUAAAAUUGUAUUCAGCAACCUGACUUCAUGCAAGUAAGAUGUGUUGUUAAAUUUUCCAAAAAAUAAAGUGUGUAAAGUGUAAGGAGUUUCCUGUUAGGGAAACAAAUAUUUUUUGAAGAAAUGUCCUUAAAAUUUAAUUUAAAAAAAAUACUAUUUAUGUGAAAGAAAUGUGAAUUAAAUAAAACUGCUAAGUUUUACAAAGAUUGCGUGAGAUUUUUUGAGGAACAACAAGCAAGUGAAUUAAACGGGAAGAAUGGUGCAAGUAUUAUUCGGACCGUGGGACUAUGUCAUCAUGGCCGCCACAUUAAUCGCCUCAGUAGUAAUCGGACUUUACUUUAAAUUCACUGGCGGGAAACAAAAAACAAAUGAGGAAUACCUUUUGGCCGAUCGGAACAUGUCUAUAUUUCCCGUUGCUGUAUCAUUGAUGGCUUCGUUCAUGUCCGCCAUAACGUUACUUGGAGUAUCGGCGGAAAACUAUUACUAUGGAAUGAUAUUUGUGGUCAUAAAUCUGUCCUAUGGUAUUGCGACACCGAUCGCAUCGCAUUUAUACCUACCAGUCUUCUUUGGACUUCAGAAGACUAGUACAUAUGAGUAUUUGGAACUUCGUUUUGGGCCGAGAAUUCGAAUGUUGGCUUCACUGACGUACACGCUUCAAAUGAUACUCUAUAAUGGAAUAGUGCUCUAUGCUCCUUCGAUUGUUCUAGAAGCCGUUACUGGUCUAGAUAGAGUAAUAUCUAUAUUAGUUAUAGGAUUGGCUUGCACCUUCUAUUCUACCCUAGGCGGCAUGAAGGCCGUACUAUUUACUGACUUACUUCAAUCUUUUCUAAUGUUCGCUGCUGUGUUCAGCAUAGUCAUCUUUGCGAUGAUAAAAGUCGGAGGUCUAGGAAACAUUUUUCUCAUAGCCAAGGAAGGUGGACGUCUAGACUUCUCAAAUAUAAGUGUGGAUCCUACAGAACGACACACAUGGUGGUCCUUAAUCAUCGGAGGCUUUAUAACGUAUCUAUCUUUAAAUGCUGUUAAUCAUACGCAGAUUCAGCGGUUAUUAACAGUGAGUUCUCUAUCUCGUUCCCAACAAUGUCUAUGGUGGAGUUGGCCGGUACUAUCAGUGUUGAGCGUCGUUACUUGCACCAGUGGCCUAGCCAUUUACGCAGUGUAUAAGGACUGUGAUCCGUACGUCAGUAAAUCUAUCACAGCGAUAGAUCAGCUCAUGCCCUACUUCGUGGUAGACACAAUGCGAUCGGUUCCUGGACUAGCGGGAUUAUUUGCAGCGGGCAUUUUUAGUGCAUCCUUGUCCACUAUAUCGGCUUCUUGUAAUGCGUUAGCUGCAGUUACCCUCACCGAUUAUGUAAGCAGAUGGUGCACUGUACGUGAAGCGUACAUAGCAUGGCUAACGAAGUUAGCAGCAUUUGCAUAUGGGAUGGUUUUUCUCGCCUUGGCGUUUUUAGCACAGUAUUUAGGGGGUAUUUUGCAAGCAGCUCUAACUAUAUUCGGAGCGGUCGGUGGACCUCUGUUCGGAGUGUUUACUUUGGGAAUGUUUACUACAUACGCUACGGAAAUGGGUGUUUCAGUGGCUUUACUAAGUGGUAUGUCUAUGACUCUAUGGAUGAGUUUUGGCAGUCCACGACCGAUGCCUGUAAAACUACCGCUUAGUACGGAAGGAUGUUUGAAUGCAACCAUACCAUUGGCUGUGACGUCACAACCUUCAGAUUACUUCUACUUGUACAAAAUAUCCUAUAUGUGGACGAGUCCGAUCGGUUUCGUGUGGGUGCUAGUGGUGGGCUCGCUGGUGUCUCUAGUAUGGAGACACACACAGCCGUGGCAGCGCGCCGGCCGCCCGCACCCCGACCCCGCGCUCUUCACGCCACCGCUCGCCAACUAUCUGCGCGCUAAAUAUAAAGACGUGGACAAUGUACAGAGCCAACUCCUGCAGAAAAGUGGCAGUUAUUGACAGCCUGUAUGAAGAAAAUUUAUAGUUUCAAGGAAAUAUUCUAUUUUGUUAAAUAAGGACUCAAACCACUGCACUGCACUCUUAGUAUUAUUUUUGAUAUGAAAUAACUAUAAAUAUCACUUUUUUUAAUUUGUUUCAAUAACGGUUUAACCAGAGUUGGCUAUAGCGUGUUGUGGCAGUUAUAUCAAAUAUCAGCAGUGUUUUAAAGUGAUAUAGAAUGAUAGUAUGACAAUAUAUUUAUUCAGUAUGCGUGAGUAUGAAUAUAAGCAUUAAAAGUUAUAACGAACAUCAUUUAGGUGCUGAAAACUUUAUGUAGUAGACUUGAGACUCGAAAUGGUGGUAUGGGUUGACCAUUUAUUAUAUUAGUCUGUGUAAGAGUCAUAAAUAUGUCAACCUAUAUUUCUAAAGAGAAUAAAAAUACUAAAUUUAGUCAUUAGACAAAAACAGAGGCGGCUCGUGACAAAAUUGAAUGGGUUGUCACUUGAAAUAAAACAACGAAAAUAGCAGGAUAAUCUAGCUAAUUCUAGCUAAUAGCAGCGUUAGCUGGAUAAUUUAUUACAAAAAAAAUGAGCACCACAUUAUAAAUGUAAUAAAUAAACACUAAAAAUUAUAAAGUAUUUCAAAACGAAUUAAAUUAUUAUUUAGCAAUAAUUAAUAAUCAGAAAAUCCCCGAAUUUCCAUUCGCGAGCGUAUUCAUAGUUUUUGUUUAUAAUAUAGGAGUGGCAACGUCGCGGCUCGUCCUAAGGAGCGCUGUGCCAGUGAACUCCCAUAAAUAAUUAUAAUAAAGUUAUACCUGCUCAUUAUUUAAAAUCUAUCAUAAAAAAACUCCAAUACUAAUAUGAAUAAAAUAAGUACCUUUACACAUUACAAAUAAAAUACAUCAUUACAUACACUCUUGUUCAUUUCAUAAGUAACGCGCGAAACAAAGCUUACGGAGCGCUCUCGAUUGCGCUCCUAUGAAAAAACAUUCAGUACAUUGCUUCCAUACGAAAUCCAAUAAGAGUGAAAGAGAAAUUUCGCCACAGUCCUGCGCGUGAAACAAAAGAUUUACUAUGGAAAAUUGGAAAAAUAGCCAUUUUCGGAGCGGCGCUCUCAAGCGACGUUGCGCAUCGCAUGACAGCAGCAAUUUCGCGCGACGCGACGUUGCCACUCCUAUAUUAUGUAUAAACAAAAACUAUGAAUAGGUACGCUCGCGAAUGCAAAUUCGGGUAUUUUCUAAUUAUUAAUUGCUAAAUAAUAAUUGAAUUCGU